AUGGAAGCCCAGAAGCUAAGUGAUCUGGUAAAGAGAAGCCAGGAAAACCCAGAUGAACACUUGUGCUGUGCGUCCCUCCUACACAACAACACACUGAGUAAGAAGAGAGAGAACAUUUCUGGAAACACACUUAAUCUGGACACAAACCCUGUUUCUUCAGGAAAAACACCCUGUGAAAAUGACUCACGUGGAGUGAGUGAGAAAUGUAUUUCAGAAUCAAGUGUUACUGAUAAAAAGGAUUCAAGUAGGAACUCCAGUGCACUCACUGAACAUGGGAAGUUGCCUCUUGACUGUGAGCAAGAAAACAGUCAGACUGAGCAGAAGUCUGAUGCGUGUAACCACGGUGAGGAAUCUCUGGGUGGUAAUGAGGGUCUUACUGAGCAACAGGAAGUUCAAGCUAUGGGACCACCUUUGGAAGAUAAUGAUGGUGGAGAAGCCGCCCCUGAACAGGCAGCCACCACCUCACCCCAGACGGCAGAGGCAGGAGAGAAGCCCUGUGACCACGAGGAACCCACAGGAAGUACCAGUGCCAUGUCAGUCCCUGACAUCCCUCAAGAAUGUCAGAUGAGGAUAGAUUGCUCUGAAGUUAAUGGGUGUGAGAAAUCAGUGGUUUGUGAGGACCAGCAAGUUAACAUGGAGGAGAAAACCCAGGAAGCCAGUGAAAAUGAGGGUGCCAGCAAGGAGCCCCAUCUCACUCAAGCUCCUGGAACUUGCACAGGGGAGAACACCUUUGAAUGCAGUCAUUGCAAGAAAUCUUUUCGCCAGGAGUCCCAACUUACUAACCAUCAGAGGACCCAUACACAAGAGAAACCUCGUAAAAGUAGUAAACGUGGGAAAACCUUCCAGAAAUCACAGCUCACUGACUCGAAGAGAACUAACCGAAGACAGAAACGCCGUGAACAUAAGGCACGUGGAAAAGCCCCUGUGAAGUCCCCUCUCGGGGACCAGCAGAGGACACAGCCAGGAAAGAAGCUGUAUGUAUGUGAUGACUGUGGGAAACCUUUCCGCUAUCACUCAGCCCUCAAAGUCCAUCAGCGGAUCCAUACGGGAGAGAAGCCCUAUAAGUGCCAUGAGUGUGGGAAAUCCUUCUAUGCCAAGUCCAACUUCACUCAUCAUCAAAGAAUCCAUACAGGAGAGAAGCCCUUUGAAUGUCAGGAAUGUGGGAAGUCCUUCUCUGUGAAGUCAAACCUCACCAAACACCAGAAGACACACACAGGGGAGAAGCCUUUCAAGUGUAGCGAAUGUGAGAAAACCUUCUUCCAGAAGUCACAAUUUGCUGACCAUCAGAGAACACACACAGGGGAAAAACCCUAUACAUGUACUGAGUGUGGGAAAUCUUUUUACUAUAAGUCAGCCCUACAUGUCCAUCAGGGGAAGCACAGAGAAGAGAAGCCUUACAAAUGUACUGAGUGUGAGAAAUCCUUCUGCUAUAAGUCAGCCCUGAUUAUCCAUCAGGUAACUCACACAGGGAAGAAACCCUACGACUGUAAUGAGUGUGGGAAAACCUUUUGUGUGAAGUCAAAUCUCACUAAACACCAGAAAAUUCACACAGGAGAGAAACCCUAUACAUGUAAUGAGUGUGGCAAAUCUUUCUCUAUGAAUUCAAUCCUUGUUGUACACCAUCGGACCCACACAGGGGAGAAACCUUACAAAUGCAACGAGUGUGAGAAAUCCUUUUACAAAAAGUCAGCUCUUACUAAACAUCAGAGAACUCACAGUGGGGAGAAACCACAUGAAUGUUCUGAAUGUGGGAAGUCUUUUCAUAUGAAAUCCACCCUCAUUAUACACCAGAGAACUCACACUGGAGAGAAACCUUACAAAUGUAAUGAAUGUGAAAAGUCAUUCUACGUGAAGUCUCAUCUUAAUAUCCAUCAGAGGAAUCACACAGGAAAGAAACCCCAUGUAUGUGGUGAAUGUGGGAAAGCCUUUACCAUGAAGUCAAACCUCACCGAUCAUCAGAGGACGCACUCAGAGGAGAGACCUUACAAAUGUAAUGAGUGUCAGAAAGCCUUUCGCCACAAGUCAACCCUAACUGUACAUAAGAGAACUCAUACAGGGGAGAAACCUUACAAAUGUAAUGACUGUGGGAAAUCCUUCUAUAUGAAGUCAGCCCUCAGUCAACAUCAGAGAAUACACACAGGCGAGAAGCCCUAUGAUUGUAAACAGUGUGGGAAAGCCUUCUUCCAGAAGUCACACCUCACUAAACACCAUCGGACACACACAGGAGAGAAGCCCUAUGAAUGUAAGGAAUGUGGGAAAACCUUCUUCCAGAAGUCACACCUCAUUGAACACCAGCGAACACACACUGGGGAGAAACCCCAUGAGUGCAAUGAAUGUGGGAAAUCCUUCUGCUAUAAGUCAGCCUUAACCAUACAUCAGAGAAUUCACUCAGAUGAAAAACCCUACAAAUGUAGUGAAUGUGACAAGUCUUUCUGUAUGAAAUCACACCUCACUGUACAUCAGAGAACUCACUCAGGGAAACACCCCUUUGAAUGUUAUGAAUGUGGAAAGGCUUUUUAUGUGAAGUCAAACCUCAUCAACCACCAGCGGACUCACACUGGGGAGAAGCCUUAUAUAUGUAGUUCAUGUGGGAAAUCCUUCGGUAUGAAGUCGGCCCUCACAGUUCAUCAACAGGGACACACAGGGGAGAAGCCCUAUGCAUGUAAUAAAUGUGGGAAAGCCUUCUGCAAGAAGGCAGCUCUCACUAGUCAUCAGGUGAUUCACAGGAGAAUGACACCCUGAAUUGUAAUAAAUGUACCGCUUCCUCCUGUGUGGAGUCAGACUUUGUUGCACCAGGAGGUGACGUGAAUGUAAUCACGUGGCAGCCCUCAUGUAUAACUUCAGUCUUCAACACAAGGGAGAUGGGAUAGAUGACUCUCUACAAAAUGAAUAUGGGAAGACUUUGUGUCAUGUCUUAACUACAUGUCAGAGGACUCAAAUGGGAGAGCGCCCUGAGACAUCCUGUGUACAUUAGUAUCCACCAACAUAUCAAGUGCACAUUGCAGAGAAGGCACGGGGAAAGGUGAACAGUGAGAGUGUAAAGCCAUUUAUGGUCACAGCUUACUGCACAUCAGGUAACUGAUAUGGGUGUGAAAUUGUGUGGGCAUUUCAUGUGCAUGUAAGCUCCAAAAUAAUCAAACUAAAUUGAAAAAGUAAAUAGAAUAACACUAAGGGAACAUUAUUAAUUUAGGUGAUGGGGCACUCCUGAUGCUUCUAGAAAUGUAAUGCUGAAGUCAUGUUUCAGACUUGAUUCCAAAUUUUGAAAAUAUGAUGUGAGAUGUGUCUAAUCUUUGGAUGAUAAAGGUUUUUGAAAAAACACAAGUUGCUGCAGCAAGCUGUCACUUUAGUUAUUUGAAGAGGACUUGAGGUGAGUAGGGCUUCUGAAUGUGAGUAGGUAGCAUGCUUAUGUUGUGUACCUUUGGUUUUCAUGGUGAAACUCAGUGCAGUUGCCAGUGAAAAAUGUUGCCCCACAGCUUAAUAACUGUUAGGACAGACUUCCCACACUGAUGCCACCAAUGCUUCUUUGUAGCUUAACAGUACAGUAUUCAUUGAGUGACAUUUGACAAAUUUGAGUACUGUACCACAGCAUAUUAUUAUACUGAGGAAAGCAAAAUAUAAGAAACUAUAUGUAGCAUGUUAUCUUUUAUGUAAGAGUUGAGGGGACAUGUGUAUAUAUAUGUAUACCUUUUUAUGAAGUUUUGACUUUUGAAAAUGAUUAUUUAUAUAUGCAAAAGGAAA